AUGGCCUCCAAUUCACCACCACCCUCAUCCCCCGUCUUCGACAUCCACGAACACACCAUCCAAGCAUCGCACAUCCGCGAAUACCCUCGCGCAACAGCAACCUCCCAAGACGAUGCCCUCUUGUUGCACGUCAAGCAAUACAUCCCCAAGCACGGCGGCCCCGCGCGCAAAGGCGACAUCACCAUCAUUGGCGCUCAUGCAAAUGGCUUCCCAAAGGUAACCUCCUGGCUCGACUACGCCCGCGACAUUGCCCACCUCAUCAACACCAUCCGCCCCCCUCGCCCCCUCAUCGCCAUGGGCCACUCCUUUGGCGCAAACGCCCUCACAAACGUCGCCCUCAUGCACCCGCGCCUCUUCACCGGCUUCAUCAUGCUCGACCCCGUCAUCGCCCGCUUCGCUGGUGCGCCCCAUCAUCCUCAAAAUCAGCAGCAGCUGCCCGAGGCUUUCCCCAACCCAGCUUCACUUAGCAUCACCCGUCGAGACACCUGGCCCUCUCGCGCCGCUGCCCGCGAGGCAUUCCUUUCCAGGCCAUUCUAUCGGGACUGGGACCCCCGCGUCUUGGACCUCUUUGUCCAGUAUGGCCUCCGCGAUGAUGAUGCUGUUUCACCCACAUCAAAGGACAACCAAAGCAAAAGCCAAGACCCAUCGCCCCCCGUCCGUCUCACCACAACCAAACACCAAGAAGUCUUCACCUUCAUCCGCCCCCUAUGGCCCGCCAUCGACCCCACCACCAACACCAUCACCAACCCCUCCCUCAUCCCAGACCACGACUUCGACCCCCAAACCCUCAUCCAAACCCCCAUCUACCGCCCGGAACAAAACGCCACCUUCCUCCGCCUCCCCCAUCUCCGCCCCCCAGUCCUCUACAUCUUCGGCGGCACGAGCACCGUCUCCCCUCCCCGCCUCGUCAAGGAGAAACUCGACACAACGGGCGUCGGCGCCGGCGGCAGCGGCGGCACGAGAGCAGGUCGCGUCAAGCACGUCAUUCACCCGGAGAGCGGCCAUCUCGUGCCCCUGGAGAAGCCGCUGUUCUGCGCAAAGGCCGCCGCGGAAUGGACAAAGACGGAGAUUGAGAGAUGGUGGGAGGAGGAAAAGGCAUAUGAAGAGUGGACGAACAAGUCACUGGAGGAGAAGUCGACGAUAGAUCAUGAGCUGAGGAGGCGCGUUGAAUUAGCCAGCAGUAAGAAGAACAGCAAGGCGAAGGCGAACUUGUAG